AUGAAUGAUGAUCCGUGGGCACGUCCGAAUUUCCAACUCUGGAGUGUAAGCGCCGAACCAACAAGAAACACACCGGUGGUUGAAUACAGGAAGGAAAAUGAGAAAAGAUUCACCAUUCGCGUUGUUCAUGGUGGAUUCUUUACAGACUACCCAAAUAAGUCAUAUCAACAGACAAGAAGCCUUGGGUAUACAAGUUUGGGGAACUGUUAUCAUAUGCCCUCCGAAGAACACAAUAGGUUGUCAAUGAUUCCAAUUCUGAAUGAUGAAUGUUUGGGGCCCUUCAAGAUGUUUGUUAGGGCACACAAAUUCAAAGAGAUUGAACAUAUCGAUGUUGAACACAGGCCUGUGUUUGUUCCAAACAGUUUCCCACAUUUUUUGACGAACUCACCAGCCAAACGUGUUGAGAAGCUUAUUCACAUGUUUGUAACAUAA